UCGGCUUGUCUGAUCAGAUUAGAAAUUUAAACAUCAACAAUAUAAAUAUAUUAGAUAAUUGUUGAUUUCGAACAAGAGAUAUGUUUGUGCUAGCGGAAUUAAAGGAUAACGUGCGGAUAGCACCUGAAUUGUUCAAUCUGAAAUUACCGGAAGCUAUCAAAGAUGAAGUAAACAGGAAGCUAGCCAAUAAGGUUCUUCUGAACGUUGGUCUUUGCAUCGCCUUAAAGGACAUAAUAAAGCUUGGGGACUCUAUUAUUCUCCCGGGUGAUGGGGCAUCUCACACAGAGGUCCACUUCCGAUAUAUAGUAUUUCGACCAAUGAUAGGAGACGUGAUAACGGGAAAAAUUCGAAGCUGCAGUCGUGAAGGAGUGCAUGUGACAUUGGGAUUUUUUGAUGAUAUUCUCAUACCACCGUCAGCGUUACAGCAUCCUUCACGGUUUGAAGAAGCCGAACAGGCGUGGGUGUGGGAGUAUCCCUUAGAGGAUGGUAAAAAACAUGAUCUCUACAUGGACAUAGGGGAGAAUAUCAAGUUUCGUGUAUCUGGCGAGGUAUUCGAGGAAAGCUCACCUAUAGGACCACCCGACCAGGAAGCUGCUAGCACUAGUGCUACAACGACGGAUACGAACAAAACUCCAUACAGAAUCGUUGCUGCCAUUAAUGAAUCCGGCUUAGGGUUAUUGUCUUGGUGGGUAACCCAAAGUCAGGAAGAUGAAGAGGGUGAAGAAGAACAAGAAGCCGAAGAAGAAGAGGAAAUGGAUGAAGAAGAUUAAUAUAUUUCGCUCGAAGUCAGCGUUCUGGGUUUACAGUUUUGAUUCUUUAUUUUAUAAUAGUUUUUUUUAUAAUAUAGCGCUAUUUGUUACAUUUCUUGGAAAUUUGUAUUUCUUUUUAUAGCAAAAAGAUACAUAUGAGAACAAUCAUCCUGAUUUUCUUUUUUUUUUACUUGUCUAUGGAGGCAGGGUAAAGCUCUAACGACAUUCGGUCGAAUACGAAUGUAGACAAGCAUUGACAAUGUGAUGCGGGAUACAGCAUGAAUCUAUGUGAAUGUGUUGUGAGACCUAUGUUGAGUAUUUGAAAAGAUUUUUCACAAAAUGACGAUUGAAACUGUCCUAAGAGGCUUGAAAAAAUCAGUCAGACUUGGGCGGUCUUUCUUAGUUGCAACUUUGGUUUGAAGUAAGAGUAGGCAUUCACUACUAAUUUAUAGAUAUUAGUCUUGCAUAUUAUUAGGAUUACAGUAGUAACUAGUGCUCGUCGCAUUAUUUUAUUUUAUAUUUUCUAAGGAUCGCAUUGCCGGCAAGAAUAAAUGUUAGAAGACCUUUUAACUCUGCUUCUUCUUACGUGUUUUAAUUUAGUUUAUUAGUAUUCUACAAUACGUUCAACAACUGGCACCUAUAUUUCAAUAUAUUUACAACAAAUUCUGCCAUCAGUUUCUGCGUCUUCAACAUUUCACAGUGAUUCGUAACAAUUUGUAGUUUUUUAUUGUUUGCAUAAGUUGUAACCUACACCUUAUAUUUCUAGUUAUUUUAGUAUAUUCUUCGUUAAAUUCUUGUCCUUUGAAAAUAUAGAUACCAACUCGAAAUAAAUUAACGAAAUAAAUUUUGCACUUUCUAUUCUUACUGCAAUUGCACUGUUACCUAUCCAGACUUGAAGUUUGAAAUAGCUUAAUGUUAUUGAUUAAUUAGAGUCACCAAUAAUGCAGAGUAAUGUACUACACAUGAAACGUUGAAAAUUAACAAAAAUCUAGAAAAUGUUGCACGAAAUAAAACCUGAUAUCGCUGCACUUUUCUUAGACAAACAUUUGAAACAAAAAAGCAUGAAAAAACUGCAAUUAAUAACAAGUAGGUUCUAAUGAAUUCAUUGAUUACUUUUUAUCCUUGUAACUACCUAAUUGCGUUUGCUUUUGAAUAACCAAAAAGUGAAUAAAUAAAAAGUGCAUAGAGAAUUCCAUGAUGCGUUUAGGGUAUCAAACGGCUUCGGCAGGUCUUCUGCAGCAAUCUUAUGCAGAAACCUUCCGGAAAAAAAUACUGCCGAAGCCGUUCGCUACCCUAUCUACAAAAAUAGAUAUCUUAUCAUUACAUAGGGUAUCGAACGUCUUCGUCAGUGGUUUUCUUCGGCAGUUUUUCUGCAGCAAUCUUAUGCAAAAGACGGUCGAAGGAAACCACUGACGAAGACGUUCGAUACCCCAGAUGAAUAAAGUUUGCGUAAGAUUGCUUGAAACAAAAUUUCACACGAGAUGCAAACACAUGUGUUACUUUUUAAACCCAAUUCAGUUUCAUGACUAAGAUAUUGGUUUGUUCUACCAGAAUAGAAAAAAAACUGAUUGUGCAGGUUUAGAGACAAAGCAUGAAACAACAUAAGAUCGUAGUUCAACAUGUUAUGAAAAUCAGAAGUGUAAAUUCAGAAUGUAUAAACCACAAUGUUGGCUUGAUUUCUUCAAUCUGUACAAUAUCAAACUAGUUCAAUUUACAUCACGGACAUUGUAUUUUUCAAGAAACAGAGUUGAUGCAUUUCGUGACAUUUCCGUUUUUUCUGCUAGUGCAACAUUCGCUAAAACCGUCCUUUUCAUAAUUAAAAUAAUAAAAGAAAGUUUUGGUAAUCUUUGAGCUGUCAUUGCACGUGAAACUAAUAAACUUGUUAUUAUCGAGUAUUUCGUAUUUUUCCAAGCUUCGCAGUGUUCAUCCCCUUUAUCAUCUUACUUAUAUAAUUCAGGUAAAGUUGCAUACUUUUUACUAAUCUUCACACAAAUUAUCCAGUCUAACAAUCAUCAAACAGCUACAUGCGUAAGAAUCCGUUUUUUUUUUUACAAAAGGGUACAUGUAACAAAAAAAAACAUAUGAGAAACAACAGGAACCACCGUUGUAGCCACGUGUCGGCCAAUUAUUCGAUCAGCAAACAGCGUGGUAAAUGUUCUCUCAAGUAGUCGAAAAGUUCGUGAGACGCUCCUGGGCAGUUAGUUAACUCCAGUUCCUGCAAAUGACGCAGCUGUAUUAGGCUUGACAAGCCGGACGAUGUAAGUAGGGGACAACCAGCCAAUGAAAGCACUUGCAGGUUACGCAUCGAGCACAGGUGCUGUAGACCAAAGUCGCGAAUUUGCGUACACCAGCGGAGAAACAGAGCUGACAGCGACAGCAUUGUCGAGAUAUAGCCGACACCGAUAUCGGUUAUGUGAACGCAGCUAGAAUGAAAAAGGAAGUUUAAUAUUUUUAACAAUUCAAAU